AUGCUUGCCGAGCAGGGCGGCUACGUGUUCGCCGUCGAUCUCAACGAAGAGCUUCUCUUGGCCGAGUGGAAAGACAACCCCAAAGUCCACACUCGCAGGGUGGACGUGACGGACACCAAGUCGAUCGAAGCGCUCGUGCAGGAGGUGAGAGACAGCGGCAAGGGCAUCUUCGGUCUGUUCAACAACGCGGGCAUCGGCCACCCGAGCAUCUCGAUCGUCGAUUGCCCCGAGGAGCUGAUGGUCCGAACCAUGAACAUCAACUGCUUCGGUAUCUACCGUAUGACAAAGGCCUUCUUCCCCCUUCUCAAAGAGGAGAACGAGAAGCUCAAGGCAGCGGGCGAGGGCACCUGCUCCAUCGUCAACAUGACCUCCAUGGCCGGACUCAUUGCCCUGCCGCUGGUGGGUGCCUACUGCAUCUCAAAGCACGCGGCGGAGGCCCUGAAUGCUGUGCUUCGCAGGGAGCUGAGCCCCUUUGGCAUCCGGGUGUCUGCCAUCGAGCCAACCUUUUCCAACACGCCCAUCAUGGUGGCCGCAAGACAGCGAUUGGAGUACUCAGAGAAAUGCUGGGAGGAGCUGGGCGAGGCUCAGGCGACCAUUUUGGACAACACAACCCUGCUCGACCCCGUCAGCAUCGCCACCAUGGUUGUGAACGCGCUCCUGAGCGAUCCUGCUCCCGCCCAGACCAUCAUCGCGUCUGCCUGGGAGACCUUCAUUGGCAAGGUCCUGAUCCACGUGUUGCCGCACAAGGCUCUGGACUCGGCCCUCACGGAGGGUUUCCUCGACAGGGCCAAGAAGCUGCGGGAGAAAAAGGAGAGACACCACCGAACAGUGACCACCGGUGGCGUUGUGGAGAACGUGGAGAAGAAGGACAACUAA